UCCAUAUUAUUCCCGCUCGAUCGAUAAAGAAGUUACCUUCAACGGUAUCCGAAUGCUAAAGGGCUCAAGCAUUAUUGUGGGUUUAUACAUGAUGCAUCACAAUCCUGACUGUUUCCCACAGCCAGAGUUGUUUUUGCCCGAAAGGUUUGAGCAAAAUGAAACACGUAACCCGUUCUCGUAUAUUCCAUUCAGUGCCGGCAGUCGUAAUUGCAUUGGUCAAAAAUUUGCUAUCAACGAACUGAAAACAGUGGUGGCGAAGGUUUUGCGUGAAUGUAGGGUGGAAUUGCCAGAUCCGGAUUUUGUACCGAAGUUAAAAUUGGAGCUCAUUCUGAAACCAGUCACCGGCAUGAACCUACGAUUUCUUCCGAGAUAACCACUAGGACGAUGACUAAACAUAUGUAUUUGGGAACACAUAAUCUUUGUUGUCGGGUUAGAAAGUAUAAUUUUGUGCAGAUUUUAUCUUGCUAAGAUUUUGAGAGCACUCUUUUUAUAAGCCAUUCAUAUUUCUCCGCACUUGAUCGUAUUUUAAUUAUCUUUCACGAUAGGUGAGGGUGAUUUUGAUAUUGCAUCACUAGGAUCACUACCAGUGAUGCAAGUGAUGGAACGGAUGUUACAGGUACCUCUAGAACAGUUAUCUUUUGUAUUAUUGUCAUUUCACAUUACAUUCAUAUGCGAAAUACAUGCAAUCGGUAUUCAUAAUUAUUGCGUGAAAAAAUCGUAUUACCAUUUCAUUGAUGCUGAAUCUGUAUUACAUAUUUUCGACAUACUGUUACGAAAAGCAUGUACAAUCCACUGUAUACUUUCGGAAAAACGCAAUCUGCUUCGAAACCAUUCUUAUUCACAACACUGUUUUAGACAAAAACUAAAAUCAAGGUUACGCAAUAACGAUCCCGUUGCUGGAAGCCGCGAACCCGUUUUAUUGCUCAUGUGGUUGUAAGCGAUGUGCGACUCAUCAGCGGUUCGAAGCACCUGUACCUUCAAGAGCAAGCUCAGUCCUGCAUAUUCCGUGGUCGAAGAUCAACCAAAAUUUCAACGAGAAUGAUCGCGUAUUUGUUUCUCAUCGCGGCGCUUGGAUUGUGUUUUCGAUUUAUCGCCUUUCGUUACAAAAUCUAUCGUGCCAUUAGUAAGCAACCGGGCCCUUCCCUCUCCUUUCUGUUUGGAGACGCACUGGAAUUGAUGCGCUAUGAUACAGCUGACUUGUUUGAUAAGCUGAUGGAGAACUUUUAUCGGUAUGGAACAACCGUACGGAUGGACCUAUUGACUAAAGCCUGGAUAAUAUUCUCCUCACCUAGUGAUAUUGAGCGCAUAAUUUCGUCUAACGAAUACAAUCGCAAAUCGGACGAUUACGACACUAUGCAGGAAUGGCUGGGCAAUGGGAUUUUGCUCGAUCAUGGCAACAGCUGGUUCACGAACCGGCGUGCCCUCACCGGAGCCUUCCAUUUCAAGAUUCUCGAUAGCUAUGUGCCGGUGUUCGAAGAGCAGGCGAAUGUGUUGGUGCGUAAGUUACUGGCCAGUGCCGGCCAACCGGUGGAUAUCUUCCCCAUAGCUAAGCUGUACACACUUGACGUCAUCCUCGAGACAUCGAUGGGAGUGCAGUGUCAAGCGCAGAUUAAGGAUUCGGCAUACGUGCGUGCUGUCUCAAACCUGAGUCAUAUAACCUUCUGGAGAAUGUAUAGCCCACUUGGUUAUUCAGAUUGGACCUUUCGCUGGACCAAGCAUUACCCGGUGUACCGAAAAUCGCUACAGAUAAACAGAGAAUUCACCACGUCGGUCAUUACGAAAAGAAGAGCGGAGCUGCUCGCUACUGCUUCCGACACGGAAAAGCCAGAAAAAGGACGACUCUCGCUGUUGGACAUCUUGUUGCGAUCAGAUUUAACAGGACGUCAGUUCACCGACCAGGAAGUUUACAGUCAAGUCAACAACUUUAUGUUUGCGGGUCAUGACACCACCUCCAGUGCUAUCACCUUCAUACUUUAUUCCUGUGCCAAGCAUCCAGACAUACAGCAACGAGUGUACGAGGAAAUCAUCGCUGAAAUACCUACAGGAAAGCCAAUCGAUCAACAAUGCAUCAACAACCUCAAAUAUCUCGAUCUCGUCAUCAAGGAAUCACUACGCAUGUUUCCUCCAGUUCCAUAUUAUUCCCGCUCGAUCGAUAAAGAUGUGCUACUUAACGGUGUCCAAUUACCAAAGGGCUCAACAAUUACUUUAGGAGUGUAUAUGAUGCAUCACAAUCCUGACUGUUUCCCACAGCCAGAGAUGUUUUUGCCCGAAAGGUUCGAGCAAAAUGAAACACGUAACCCUUUCUCGUACAUUCCAUUCAGUGCCGGCAGUCGUAAUUGCAUUGGACAAAAAUUUGCUCUCAAUGAACUGAAAACGGUGUUGGCGAAGGUUUUGCGUGAAUGUAAGGUUGAAUUGCCAGAUCCGAAUUUUGUACCCAAGAUGAAGUUGGAACUGAUUUUAAAGCCUGUUGACGGCAUGUAUCUACGCUUCAUUCCGCGUACCGAUGAGUAGAUGCAACUCUUCUCAUGAUUGAUACAUUGGGUGUUUGAGUAUACAUACACUUAUAAUUAUUAUUUAAUAAAAUGUGUGAUUUUUUAUCAUGAA